AUGGAUAAAAUGGAAGUUGAUAGUGCCCCGAGUGGGACCAAGAGAAAGGCGGAGGAAGAACAUGAGGCUCAGAAGCCCGCACGAAGGAUCAGGGCUCUCGACCCUGAUGUGGUCAACAAGAUCGCUGCGGGAGAGAUUAUUGUGGCUCCGGUUCAUGCGCUCAAAGAGUUGGUUGAAAAUGCUGUGGACGCAGGCUCAACGUCCCUGGAGAUUCUGGUCAAAGAUGGGGGCUUGAAAAUGCUUCAAAUCACAGACAAUGGUGGCGGAAUUGAGAAAGAAGACCUGGAAAUUCUAUGCGUACGGCAUACAACGUCUAAAAUUUCUACAUUUGAAGACUUGUCAUCUAUCGCCACAUAUGGAUUCCGCGGCGAAGCUUUGGCCAGUAUUAGCCACAUUGCCCAUCUUACGGUAACGACGAAGACCAAAGAGUCAUCUCUCGCUUGGCGUGCACAUUACCUGGAUGGGAAGCUAGUUCCUGCGAAGCCAGGGCAAUCUGCUGAACCAAAGGGAGUUGCUGGGCGUCAGGGUACCCAAAUCACGGUGGAAGACUUGUUCUUCAAUGUGCCAACUCGUCGGAGAGCAUUUCGAUCCUAUGCAGAUGAAUUCAACAAGAUUAUUGAUAUGGCCGGACGAUAUGCAAUACAUUGCAAGGGAGUCGGCUUUACUUGCAAAAAGGCAGGCGAGGCUUCUAACGCUCUUUCCGUACAAGCUCAAGCAACUGUGAUAGACCGCAUUCGUCAGAUCCAUGGCAGCAACGUCGCCAAUGAGCUCAUAGAACUAUCUGUCUCCGACGACCGAUGGGGUUUCUCUGCCAAUGGCUAUGUGACAAAUGCCAAUUAUCACAUCAAGAAGACGACAUUGCUCUUAUUUAUCAACCACCGUUGCGUUGAAUCAACCACCAUGAAAAAGGCACUCGAACAGACAUACUCUGUCUUCUUACCCAAGGGCGGCCAUCCUUUCAUCUAUCUUAGCCUGGAAAUUGAUCCGGCUCGAGUAGAUGUCAAUGUUCAUCCUACCAAGCGGGAGGUUCAUUUUCUCAACGAAGAGGAGGUCAUACAAGCUAUUUGCAAGAAAAUUGAAUCGGAGCUCGCUACUGUAGACACGAGUCGAACGUUUAUGACACAGACGUUACUGCCUGGAGCCAAACCUGUUGAGUCUUUGGAUGAAGAUGACAGCGAUGCCACUCCAAAGUUUACUACACCCGCUCUUAGAAAGAUACGGCGAAACUCGAACGAUCUUGUCCGGACAGAUAAAUCUCAGGGUAAAAUAACUGCUUUGUUUUCACCAGCGGGCACUAUCGAUAAAACAGGUUCUCCGGCUAGAGCUUUAGAAGAUGAGGCAUGGGCUGUUCCAGAGCCAGUGGAAUACACAGCGACAGACCGUGAGCACGUCCAAUGCCGCCUUAAGACCGUCAAGGAGCUACGCCAAGAAGUCCGAGAUGAGAUUCACCAUGAGUUGACAGAGAUCAUCGCCUCACACACAUUUGUCGGUGUAGUCGACGAAGGCCGGCGACUGGCCGCCAUUCAGGGAGGCGUGAAGCUGUAUUUAAUAGACUAUGGCCACACAUGCUUUGAAUACUUUUAUCAGCUAGGACUCACCGAUUUUGGCAACUUUGGUGUUAUCAACUUCAGCCCACCUCUGGACCUCAGAGAAAUUCUUAAAAUCGGAGCCGAAGUCGAAAAGGAGGCUAUGGGAGCCUCUGACAAGGAAUUCAAUGUCGACUUGAUAGUCGCAAAGGUAGCAGAUCGGCUCAUUGAGCGAAGAGAGAUGCUCCAAGAGUACUUCUCCCUCGAAAUCACUCCUACGGGUGAGCUGGUUUCCAUCCCUCUCCUCAUUAAAGGCUAUACGCCAUCCCUUGGCAAGCUCCCCAGAUUUCUUAUCCGUCUCGGACCUCAUGUCAACUGGGAUGAUGAGAAAGAGUGCUUUCAGACUUUUAUCACAGAGUUGGCGACAUUUUAUGUCCCUGAGGCACUGCCCACGUCUGCAGAAGGGAAAGAUGAAAGCGGAGACGUUAGUGAAGAGGGAAAAUCAGAACAGGGAGACGAGGAUGCGGCUCUUGAGGAAAUGAGAACAAGAAGGCAGCACGUCAGGUGGGCUAUCGAGCACAUCUUCUUCCCGGCGUUUAGGUCACGGCUGGUAGCGACGAAGAAGCUCAUGGACGGAGCUGUGUUGGAGGUGGCAAGUUUGAAGGGACUGUACAGGGUUUUUGAGCGGUGUUGA